UUCAGCUUGAAGUCUUUUUUUUACUACUACUACUACUAUUCUUGACACACACACACACUUUCAUUCUGUUACUCGGGCUGCUAGAAGUUGCCGCGAGGCAAGUGAUAUUGGAGAGGGAGGGGACAGAGAGAGAGUUUACUUUUCUGGACGACACUGGACUAUGGAAUGGACGCGGAGGAUGGUGGAUGGGAGUUGGGUGUCUGCCGGCCUUUGGACUGGGCUGGUGGGCAUUACAUCCCGGGCUUUCUUUUUCUUCUCUUUUCUUCUCUCUUUUUCAUAUUUCUUUUUCUUAUAUUUCCUUUUUCUUGGACUGUUAAUAUCUGGAGUCUCCCCGGUAUAUAUACAGGGUUCGAGAAGCAUGCAUGAUGCGGAGUUUUGGGUUUUGGGUCAUGGGGGCUUGAAGGGGAUACCACGGGCUUGGAUCGGAGUUGAGAUGUCACGCAGGGGAUGAGGUGAAUGUAAAGUAGUGAUGGGGAUUAUACCCGCCUAGGUUGGCCGAGAUCAAAAGAAUGAAGGACUCUGAUCAAUACU